AUGGAAAAGGUUUAUGAAGAGCUCGAGGAAGCAAAAUCUGAAAUCGAUAAACUCAAGGCAGAAUUAAGAAGCAAAUCAGAUUCAGUUGAGAAUUUGAAGAGAUCUCUUAAUGCGCAGGUUAAUCAAACGCAAGAGGCAAAGUUGAAAUCUGAGAAGCUUGAUCAUGAACUUCUUCAAAAGGCGGACGAACUAACCGAGGCGAAGAAUUUGAAUGAAGGUCUCAAAGGAAAGUUGAAAGAACAAGAGUCUAUUAUCAAACAUCUCAGAGGUGCAAAUGAUAAAAUCCGAGUUGAUUGCGAUGAAAAGAUUAAACAGAUGGAAGAUGGGAAUAGAGGUUUGGUAUUGGCCUUAGAGGAAGCGAAUGACAAGGUAGAGAAUCAAGAACAAAUGAUUUGUCAAUACAGAAAAGAAAUCGAAAGCCUGAAAAGUUGUUUAUCGGUUUCAAAGAAGUGUUCGGAAUCACAGAAAAGUUUGAAACCUUCCAAAGAACUAAGUGAUAGAGAUGACUUGUUCUACAAGUUGGAAGAGGAAAAAGGAAAGUUGGAAGAUCAAUUGAAGUGGAAGAAGGAACAGUUUAAACAUCUCGAAGAUGCGUAUGAGAAACUUAAAGGCCAGUUUAGCUCUAGCAAGAAGGAGUGGGAGAUUGAAAAAUCUAUAUUACUCGAUGAGAUUUCUUCGCUUCAAAUUAAAUUAGACUCUCAGAUCAGAUUAUACGAAGAUCUUCAACAUCAGUUACAGACUUGCCACCAGGCUCUUGCUCAUGUAGAAAGCCAGAAAAAACGACUUGAAGUUGAAGUUUCAGAUUUUAGGCUGCAGCUUGAAAAUGCCGGUAGCGAGUAUCAUGAUGCUAGACUACAGCUUGAUUGCUUAAACUCUGACCGCGACAAAGACAUUGCAGAUUUGAGAUAUUCGCUGAAAACACAAGCGGCGUAUAUUAAAGAAGAAAAGUACCGAACCGAUAAGCUAGAGCAAGAAAAUAAAGAGUUAAGGAUGUCAGUCAAGGAACUACAGGAAGCUCAAAUUCAAGAAGCAGGAGCUUCGUAUUCGCAGUCAAAGUUGAGGACCAAACUUAAAAAUUUAGAACAAACUCAUAAAGAGUGUGCCUUGACUCUUAAGGCUAGAGAAGCCGAAUGGAACUCUCAGGUAGAACAAUUGAAUGGAGACUUGAAUAGGUGUCGGUCUGAAUUAGAGGCUAAAAUUGCAGCGGUGGAAGAGCUUCGGACGGAGUUAGAAAAAUCUCAUUCUGUUACCAUUGAGACGAGGUUGUUGAAUGAGGAGAUGUAUGUGAUGCUGCUAGUGUAUAAACAAGCAAUUUCUGAGGCUCAAUUAAAGUUUGUUAAUUAUAAAGACGAGAUGGAUCUGAUCAACAAAGAGAAAGAAGGGAAGAUCGUUCAACUGAUGAAGGAGUUGGAGAUGAAAGAUGAUGCUUUGAUCAGUGCUCGAAAAGACUUAAACGAAGAACGCGAGAAAGCAGCAUGUUUGAUGAAGGAAGUUGAGUCCUAUGGAUCCAACAAAGAAUUGCAGCACUCACAGCAAAAUGAACUUGAUAAGUACAAGGAAAUGCUGGAGGAAUCAACUAAGUGUCAACGAAUCCUCGAAAAGCAGGUUUUGCAGAUGGAAUGUGAUUCAAAAGGACAACUUAAAGAAACUCAUGAAGCUUUGGACAUUGCUAUCAAUGAAUUGGAUGAUAGAAUUUGUGAAAGAAAUGAAAUGGAAUUCGAACUGCAAAUAUGGAAAUCGAUUGUUGAACGGUUGAAAAAAGACCUUGAAAGAAGUCAUUUGACACGUAAAGAACUAGAAACUUCACUUCUUGCACAAGUAGAGAUUGGCGAAAGCAUCCAGCAAGAGCUUCAGAGAGAGGUGGUUUUGUUGGAACAAGAAUCAUUUAUGAGAGAAUUUGAGACCAUUGCAAUUGCAAAAGGCACAAUAGAAAGAAAACUCAUAAUGGAGAAUGAAAAAUUAGUUGAAAAUGCAUCAAAACUGUUAUUAGAAAAGGAAAAGUUGUUGGCUUUUGUUCAAGGGUUGAGUGAUCGAAUUUAUGAGUUGUCGAAUGGAGACACUCAACUGAUGGACAUGAUGAGAAGCAUGGAGAAAACCUUUGAGAUUGGUUGUCAUGAAAUAAACCUGAAAAAGGAAUAUAGCCUUUGCAAAGAGAAUGUGAGAGUAGAACUUUCUCCUACAAGUAGGUUAAAGAAGGUUCAAUCCAUUUCUGAUAUUAGACCUCCAUUCAAGGAGAUGAAUAGUUGCUAG